ACACUAUCUCCUUGGGAGGUUCUUCAUCCUCAGGACUGAUCAUCAGACACUGAGAUGGAUGAUAACUCAACCGGUGCUCUCCGACGCUCUGAAGCGUUGGAUCGAAGUCAUAGAGCAGUAUGACUUCGAGCCCCAGCACAUCAAGGGCGAGUACAACAAGGUUGUUGAUGCCUUGUCGAGUAGACCAGAUUUCUCUGGUGCGCUGAUCACUGAGUUUGGGCUUGCGGACAAUGUCACUCAGUCCAUGGUGGAAGCCUAUCGUGAGGAUCCGUUCAUGUUUGAGAUCAUCCGCAGACUCGAAGCGAAGGACAAAGUGACUUCUGCUGAGUUUGAGCUGGUCAACGGCUUGUUGUUCCUCGAUAAGGCUGGGAAUAAAUGUUUGUGUGUUCCGAAUAGCGAGUCUUUGCGUAGUUUGUUUUUAGGAGAGUGCCAUGAUGCCACCGGCCAUUUUGGGUACAAGAAGACCGCAGCCAAUCUGCUGCAGCGGUUCUGGUGGCCCACGAUGAUGCGAGAUGCCCAGCUGUACGUGGAGACUUGUCAAGUAUGUCAGAGGGACAAGCCACGUACGCAAGCUCCUCUUGGGCUCCUGAAGCCCCUUCCGAUUCCGGAAAGGCCUGGUGAGAGUUUGUCCAUGGACUUCAUGGAUACGCUGGUCACCACCAAGAGUGGGAUGAGACACAUCUUCGUUAUCGUGGAUAGAUUUAGUAAGUAUGCUAGAUUAGUAGCAAUGCCGGAAACAGCAAGGGCUGAGUAUGUGAUCAAAAUGUUCAAAGAGAACUGGGUAAGGGACUUUGGGUUACCGAAGUCUAUUAUUAGUGACAGGGAUGUCCGAUUUACCAGUGAAUUGUGGAAGGCCGCUGCUGCAGAGCAGGAAACCCAGUUGCAAAUGACUUCUGGGAAUCACCCAGAGGCCAACGGCCAGGCCGAGCAACUGAACCGCGCUGUAGAACAUCUGUUGAGGCAUUACAUCAAGCCCAACCAGGUGGAUUGGGAUGAGAAGCUUGCUCUCAUCGCCAGUCUGUACAAUAAUGCGGUACACAGCACCACCGGGGUGAGCCCGAACAGUUUGCUAUUGACUUUCAAGCCUAGACUACCCUUAGAUUUUCUCCUUCCUGAGAAUCAGUCAACGGCUGCACCAGGUACCUUAGAAUUUGCUUACCGUUAUGAACAGAAGAUGCAGCAGGCUGUAGAACAGAUGCAAAAGGCAGAGGCGACUAUGAUAGAAUCUGCGAGCAAACACCGCCGUGAGUCUUCAUUUCAGGUUGGGGACAAAGUCUGGGUUAAGCCCUCAGAACUGGGACAGGAGCACGGGAUCUCCCGCAAGCUCAUGCCACAGUACUUUGGACCAUGGGGACUGAUCCGGAUGGACCUUCUUACGUAGUCCGGAUCCCUGGUCAUCUUCGCACUUACCCUGUCUUUCACGCCUCCAAGCUUGCACCGUUCAA